GCGCGGAGCGGCGACGGGGCUUGCCGGGGGGUUGCGCGCAGGGGGUUUUCGUGCGCGAUGCCACAGCCGCCGACCGUGCGACGGGGGUAGUGUCUAGGGGGCUGUUCUCUCCCUCUCAGUUGGCCGCGAUUCAUCGCCGGGUAUGUGUGCACGUCCCGAUCGUGGCCGGGCGCGCCAGGUCGAGGAGGCGCGACAGGGUGUACUCGGGAUCGCGUUUUCGCUGCGGCCCUCGUUCACCAGCUCCCGCUUCGUCGUCGUCAUCAUCGUCGUCGUCGUCGUCGUCGUCGUCGUCGUCGUCGUCGUCGCGGAGUCGUCCCGCGAGCUUCUCCCGUCGCUCGGGUCGUGUCGCUGCGACGGAGUGUCGCGGGUCAAGUUUCACGCGUGCGACUGCAACGCGAUACGCGCCGAUGCGCGCGUGCACGCGUAAAGAAAGCUCAAGCGCGUCGGACAAGUCGGCGAGAGGAAGCGCUGCGCGAUAAUUAACGGCCGGACACGACGAGAGUUCCAUGGCAGUGCGACGAGUGUGCGAUAUUUGAUCCCCGGCUGAUAAUGGACGGACGUGAGCACGCGAGUGCGCCGACGACGAGAGCGUUUCGCGGGGCGAGCGUCAACGAGCGAGUAACAACGAUACCGGACGAGGGCGAGGACAAUUUUAAGAUGCCCAGGGCUUCCGUGGUACACAUGGCAUCGACGGCGACGAGACCGCAGCACAUGUCACAGGUUCUGGCGACCCUGGCGUUAUCCAUGGGAACCCUUUCUUCCGGCUUGGCCAAGGGCUACACCUCGCCAGCGUUGGACUCUAUCCUGGACAAUCAACGACCCCAUCUCUACCAGUCGUCCAACAAUGACACAUGGUCGGCUUUCUCGGUUACGCAACAGGAGGCUUCGUGGGUCGCUUCUCUGUCCAUGCUGGGCGCGUGGUUCGGCGCCAUGAUCGGCGACUGGAUCAUGAGGAGAGGGCGGCGAUUAGCUCUGCGCGUCACGUCCUUACCCCUGGCGGCUGCCUGGAUAAUAACGGGGGUGGCGCCCUGCGUGGAGCUGGUGUAUGUCACCAGUUUCGUCGGCGGCCUUUGCUGCUCGGUCAUCACCAUGGUGGCUCAGGUGUACAUAUCAGAAAUCUCGAUGCCGGGCAUCCGAGGGUGCUUGUCGGCGAUGUUGAAGGUGCUGGGUCACGUCGGCGUCUUGCUGUCGUACAUAGCCGGCACAUACCUCAAUUGGCGGCAAAGCGCGUUACUAGUGGCAGUCGCGCCGUCGAUGCUUUUCUUGGGGACCCUCUUUAUACCCGAGACGCCGUCGUACCUCGUGCUCAACGGCAAAGACGAGGAAGCCGCCAGCAGUUUGCAGUGGCUGCGCGGAGAACACGUGGAUAUACGACACGAGCUGCAGGUGAUCAAGACAAACAUACUGGCAUCGAGGGCCAAGCAAUACGAGCUGAGCUUCAAGAACAGCGUCUUCACGCCGAGACUGUACAAACCCAUCGCCAUCACAUGCGGCCUCAUGUUCUUCCAGAGAUUCUCCGGCGCGAAUGCGUUUAAUUACUACGCGGUGCUCAUUUUUCGCCAGACCCUGGGCGGGAUGAAUCCCCAUGGAGCGACCAUUGCGAUCGGAUUCGUGCAACUGUGCGCCGCGUUGCUGUCAGGAUUUUUAAUCGAUAUCGUGGGGAGACUGCCGCUUCUCAUAGCCAGCACCGUCUUCAUGUCCCUCGCGCUCGCCGGUUUCGGCAGCUACGCGUAUUACGUGUCGCAAACGCAAAACCUAGGCUACGUGGACUCGGCGGUGGUGGGCCAGCACGACUGGAUACCGCUGCUUUGCGUGCUCGUGUUCACGACCGCCCUCGCCCUGGGCAUAUCGCCAAUUUCUUGGCUAUUGAUUGGCGAACUGUUCCCCUUGGAGUACCGCGGUCUCGGCUCCAGCAUCAGCACGAGCUUCAGCUACUUUUGCGCGUUCUUCGGAAUUAAGCUCUUUAUGGACUUUCAGCAGACUCUCGGUCUACACGGGGCUUUCUGGUUUUACGCCGCCGUGGCGGUGUGCGGGCUGUGCUUCGUGGUCUGCUGCGUCCCUGAGACGAAGGGCAAACAGCUGGACGAGAUGAAUCCGGAUUAUGCGCAAGCACGGUAGUAUAAGGCCUCGCUGACGGGGGGCCUCUCGAACCUCGAGAAGGCGAACAAGCCUUUACCGGGAAGUGCUUAUCCGAACGAGCACGAUCCGCGGGAUCUGUACAGCGGCAACGAGGCGGCAGCGACGUCGGCGAUGGCGCCGCCGUUGGCCGCGACGACGUCGAACGUCGCGAUGCCGUCCGCGCGCGGACCCACCCACCCGCGCAAGCUGUCCGACUACUGCGGCAUCUUCGCCGAGAAGACCAAUCGAAUCGGCAAGAACGUCGAGAGCUUUAUGCAGUCUCGCGGUCUGCUGCCGAUUCGUCGUUCCUUCGACGA